UAUAGCGAGUACUUCUUGAAAAUUGACGCAUGCAACAUCAUGCACUGUACAGUAGGUAGCUCAGAGCUGGCUAUAGCACUUCCUGCACACAUUCUUUGGGAAAGCCAGAGGACAGCUGCAAUUGCGCCUAGCAGGAGUUGUCUCUGCCCAAUUGGCUGUCCCUUCACCGCCAGGACCCCGUUCAUUGCUUUGAUUGUAUGUUCCCCGCGCCAUCAUGGACAAGAAACUUGUCUCCGGGUUCAAGGAUGCAUUUCGCCACGUCGAGAAGGGGUACAACAAGGUCAACGACGCCAUCUCCCAGCAUGCGCGGCCCCACUCGUACCCCGACCCCGAUGCUGGCCCUCUCCCCAUGCCGACCGUAAUGCCCCCUGAGCCGUUCAACCCCAGCUUGGAUCGCCCGCCCCCCUCGGUGAAACUCAUCAAGCAAGGGCUCAACGGGGAGGGGCCCCUGAACGUGCACGACCCCAACGUAAUCAGGGCGCAGGAUGGGACGCUGUUUAUGUUUGGCACAGGGAAGGGUCCCGGAGACUCCCAGAUCCCGUACUGGAAGACCUCCCGGCUGGCCAGCGGCACCUGGGAAUUUCUGGGGUGGGCCAUGCCCGCGCGGCCUGACUCUGCCAAGAACAUCCCCUGGGCGCUGACCCCGGGCGCCAAUGACGGCUUCUGGGCGCCAGAAGUGGCUUUCUUCAGUGGCAAGUACUGGCUCUACUACGCCUACUCCAAUUUCGGCACGAACAACUCGGCGAUCGGGCUCGUGUCCACUCUGUCGCUGGACGACCGCCCCAUCGCCUGGCAGGACGAGGGUCUCGUGAUCCAGUCCCCGAGCCGCCUCGCCAACUUCAACGCGAUCGAUGCCGCGAUCCUCAACGACCCCCAGGGGCGGCUGUGGAUGUCGUGGGGCAGCUUCUGGGACGGCAUCUUCAUGCAGGAGCUCAACCCCCAGACGGGUCACCUGCUGGACCCCAACGCGCGCCCCGUGCACAUUGGGGCGCGGCCGGGGGUGAAGAGCAACCCCAUCGAGGGCGCUACGCUGGCAUACCGGCGCGCCAACGACUCGUACUACGUCUUUGUCGCAUACGACUACUGCUGCCCGGCAGACGGCGCCGUCAACUUCCACGAGAAGCCGUACCGUGUUGCAGUUGGGCGCUCAACUACGGGGCCUCUGGGCCCCUACGUUGAUCGGAACGGCACGAGCAUGGUGGAUGGGGGACACUGGCCCCUCGUGGCGAGGAGGCUCCCAGAUCUUGCGGAGCUCCCUGGCCUCCCGACCGCCCCCGGCGCGGGGCACGGCAGCUGCUGUUACGAGAUGCUGCCAGCUGCCGACGCCGUACGCAUCGGGGCGGACGGGUUCACUCCGUUGGAGAACGACCAGACUUGCCGUUGCUGGAAGGGCAUCGGCGGAGCGUCUGUGCUAUUGGACCAGCCCGACCGGCCAGACGUCGUGUUUGUGCACUCGUAUUUGGAUGGCGCCGCACCUUGGCUGAGGUGCUUCGAACUAGGUUGGGACGGGGACUGGCCGUAUCUCAAGUGGACGGCAGACGCAGCGGAUCUGACCGUUGUCACCUAGGCCGUUCAGUGGGUUGUAAGGAUGGCCAGCGUGCUGGUUGAGUUGCGUUGCCAAUGUGGGUUUCGUUGUGCUCUGCAAUGGCAGCGGCCUUUCGACAGGUAGAAAGUAUCUGUUGAUCCUGUACAUACGCACUUGACGUACAGAAACAGGAGGGAAACUCCUAACAUCGAUGCCUGGUGGUUCUGACUACAACAGAUGAAGCAGUCUGCCAUGUCAUGAGACAAAGUACAAAAAUUAUUAGCUUGCUGGUAACCAGCUUACGAAUCCUGUUAUUAUUCGUAGUACCACUAUCUUUCAAGGUUGAUAUCCGUCAAUUACGCUCCGGAAAAUGCUUGAACAGUCGCUUUCGCUUAGUCUAGCACGACAAUAGGAUUGAGAUUUG